AUGGGGAACAGCAGAAGCGGGGCGCUGUCCAAGGAGAUCUUGGAGGAGCUGCAGCUGAACACCAAGUUCACAGAGGAGGAGCUGUGCACCUGGUACCAGACGUUCCUGAAAGAGUGCCCUAGCGGCCGCAUCACCAGGCAGGAGUUCGAGAGCAUCUACUCCAAGUUCUUCCCAGACGCCGACCCCAAGGCCUACGCGCAGCACGUGUUCCGCAGCUUCGAUGCCAACAACGACGGCACCCUGGACUUUAAGGAGUACGUCGUUGCCCUGCACAUGACCACCGCGGGCAAGCCCACCCAGAAGCUGGGGUGGGCCUUCUCCCUGUACGACGUGGACGGCAACGGGGCCAUUAGCAAAAACGAAGUGCUGGAGAUCGUCAUGGCUAUUUUCAAAAUGAUCAACCCUGAGGAUGUGAAGCACCUUCCUGAUGAUGAAAACACACCGGAAAAGCGGGCUGAGAAGAUCUGGGCAUUCUUUGGAAAGAAAGAUGAUGAUAAACUUUCAGAGAAAGAAUUCAUUGAGGGGACCCUGGCCAAUAAUGAAAUUCUGCGACUGAUCCAGUUUGAGCCUCAAAAAGUGAAGGAAAGGAUAAAGGAAAAGAAACAAUGAUGCCAACUGCUCAGCUCCUCCCUCCUACUGCCCACUUAAACACCUUUGAACACACACAUGUACACUACACACAUGUACACACACAUAUACACACACACACACACACAUGCACUCCCAGGGUCAAGGGAGAGGCCUUCAGACCCCCAGCCCAACUGAAGCAUCUUUGACCAUCCACCAGCUCCUUCUUCCUCCUGUCUUCCCUCCCCCUUCCCUGGCUGCCAUGGGUGCAUGAUAAUCCCAGGAUUAAGUAACAGAAGUCCUAAAUGUUAGCCCCUGCCUAAGCUCCU